UUCAACCCUUACGCAUAUUUUAGAGCGAGAGCUACAAUGAUCGACUUAAUGAAACCCUAAAUUCAGUACCUCUCUCGAUAGCCGGAUACUCGGUCGAAAUGAGUUCGUUUUCGAUAGACAGUAUUCUCGCUCUUGAGGAGAGCAAGUGUGGAAGAAGGCAAGGAAACGAAACUCGCAAAAAUGUAACUAGCCUGAGCCUUGAAGAACUUCGAGACCAAGAGAUCAGUACGUCUAAGUGUGAAGAACGUAACAGUAGUUCUCCAGAUUCAAGUCCAGCUCGUGGAACGGAACAAUCUUCUUACGAAGCUGAUUCUACAGAGAGACUCGAUGUAGAGGAUUUUAGCAACGAAAACGAAAAUGACCCAGAAACGGAAAUUCCCAACACUAAAAAGCGAAAACGAAGAGUGCUAUUCUCUAAGGCGCAGAUCUUCGAACUUGAGAGACGCUUUAGACAGCAACGGUACCUUUCUGCGCCAGAACGGGAACAGUUAGCUCGACUUAUAAACCUCUCUCCGACACAAGUAAAAAUAUGGUUUCAAAAUCACCGGUAUAAAUUCAAGAAGCAGAUCGGGGAUAAAGGACAUCUUGCGAGCGAGGCCUUGCCUUUCAUGAGCCCAAGACUUGUUCCCGUCCCUGUUCUUGUACAUGAAGGCCAGCCUUGUUAUAGACAUAGAACUUUAACCACUCCAAGGCAGGAAUUCAGUAAUGGAUUCUCCGGUUAUCCUCCAGUGCCUUUCCUGUACUCGAGCACCGGCGCUGUAUACAAUAAUCGCUUCUGGGGCUUUUCUUAGAUUAGAGUAAUGCUUUAGCAAAUAGCGUUCGAGUCAGUUAUUUUGACGCUACUAACGCAACCAAACAUCUAAUCCCGUUCGUGUUUAUACAACUUAGCUGUUACUCUAGGGGUUAAUAUUUCGUAUUCCAUUCAACAUUAGACGUUUUGUGUAAUACCUUCAAGAUUAUCGCUUUUUAACAUUCGAAAUUUGCCAGACAAGUCUGUGAUGAAACAGAACAGUCAGUGUUCUUAAGCUGGUGGCCCAGUUUACUUUGAAAAAGCUUUAGGGUUAAGCUUCGUUUGAAGAGUUCUUGAAGUUUCGCCAUGUGCAACACUAGCUUAUGUACAAAAGAUUACCGGUCAUAUCUAUUUGUAUUCCUGCUCAUGAAAUACUUCAUUCUCAGCCGACAAGGACUCUAAGAACAGAAGUCUUAAGAUUCUCACCAUAGGCGCGAAACAUUUGAUAAAUCCUCACUGCUGGGUGUUUAUUGUUGAGAGUUUUAUUGUCUUCAAGUCAAACUGCCCUGUGACAACGGCUCGGUUUAACAUAGAAUUGCAAUAUUUGCCGAGAUCUUGGCAAACAAGUUGUAUAUGGUCAUAAGAUUUUGUAAUCUACUAAGUAAUAUGUAAGAGCCACUGACAAACUCAGGGAUUAGGAUAUCCUUUUCUACUGGCCAUUAAAUAACAAUAAACUUCUCAGUGUACGAAAAGAAAUCAACCGGACGCAGUUUGCGCCAACAAAGAAACGAUUUUUUAUUGUUGUUAGUCUCCUUUGCGUGGGUUUCUUGGGACAUGAUCAACGUCUAUUAUAGGAUCUCAAACCUCGUUGGAAAAAAAAGGGAUUUAAAGAUGUUGGGAACGUGAUGUUAUCUCUUUAGGCGGAGCGUUGCGGCGAUUCUUAAGCUCUACGUAUUUUCGCGGUAAUAGGGAUAAGUAAUGAUAAGAGUGCAUUCGUUAUAACCUUGGUCCGGAGAGAUUGGCGCGGAACUCUAUCUUAAGUGCCAAGCGCGGCCUUCAUCUCAACUGUCGCUUUAAAAUAGAACUGAUUUGCGACUUGGUUGGACUUAUCUUUGCGGAGGAGGCGGCUAUAUCGACCAAAGCCGGGCGAGCGGGAAAACGAGAGAAAGACCUUUUCUUCAAGGGGUGCGUUGAGCAUUGCGCGCAAUAUUCAUAUCGAUGUCAACAACCAUUGUUUGACGUUCAAGGAAAAUUUCCAAAUUUGCAGCUUAACGCCAGUGUUUACAGAGCUCUGGUUUGCGUUAAAAUGAUUAACUAGGAGUUAAUCUUCAAAAUUGAGUCUUCAAGGCCAGGUUUAAGCGAUUACGCUUAGAAAAUUAGAGACAUUUUAGAAUUCCAGUGUCGCUAAGUAUUUCAAAAGGUAGCUACUUACAGUAUUGACAGGAAAAUAGUAAAUAAAGAAAUACAGUUUAAAAGUAAUAAAGGGCUUUUGUAACUCCGCUUAAUAGAAUAUACACCAAUAGUCAUUAAUUCAAGAUUGGAAUGAUAAUUUUUGCUAGAAAUAAAUCGAGAAAUCUAUGCGAUAUCUCGACAGGUAUGUUCAAAUUUGCUCCACGAGUACACACAG